UAGUCUACUGCGAGUUUUCAGAACGCAACGACCACCUAUCAAAAUAACAACAAAAUAACAUUCGCCAUACUUUCAUUGGCUUUGUUAUUAUCCAACAACCAUUUUUUUUUGCUGUAAAUCAAAAGUGUUAAAAAUAAAAUUCCUUCAAAAUGGCUCAAAUGGUGCAGAUGACAACUGAACAAUUACAACAACUCAUCGAAUCGGUACGUGUUUCAGCAGCCGCCGGUAAUGUAGUGGCAGAAACCAAAUCUAAAGGAAGUUUUAGUAAUUGUUAUCACCGCUUUGGCGGUCAACGUGAUCAUGAAGCUGUUGAAGAAUUUAUUACCUCUAUAGUGACCUACAAAGAGGUCGAAUCGAUUAGCGAUGAAGAUGCCUUAAAGGGCGUAUCCUUGCUGUUCUAUGGGUUGGCCUCAACCUGGUGGCAGGGUGUGCGUAAGGAAGCUAAAACCUGGAAUGAUGUUUUGGCUUUAAUACGUGAUCAUUUCUCGCCCACCAAACCGGCCUAUCAAAUCUAUGUGGAUAUUUUCGAUAAGAAACAAGAUGAUAAAACCGCUAUCGAUACUUUUGUGUGCCAGAAGAGAGCCCUAUUGGCCCAACUGCCUGAGGGUAGACAUGAUGAAGAAACCGAAAUUGAUUUUGUUUAUGGUUUGCUCAACAUCAAAUACCGUAAACAUAUUGCUCGUCAAGACUUUAAAACAUUCCGUGAAUUGUUGGAAAAGGGUCGUAUUAUCGAGCAUAAUAUGAUGGAAGAUGAGGCCAAUCAACAGGGUCCUGUUAAGGGUGCUAAGGGCACUAAGAGAUGUACUUACUGUAAUUUCCGUGGACACACUUUUGAACAAUGUCGCAAACGUAAAAAUGCCGAUGAGGCAUCCAACAAUGGCGAUUAAAGCAGCAGCAGCAGCAAUAUUACAUUAACCAGAAGAGAUUUGUGGACAUUUCUUCUCAAAAUCUAAAAAGUUCUUAAGGGUAAAUGACAUCAUUAAAGAGAAAGAGUUUAAAAACUCUUUUAGUAUUAACUUUAUAUAGGCUUCUCUUAGUUAAAAGCCCGAGAUUUUUCUAUACAAAUUUUGUUAGUUUUCUUAUUUUUAUAUAAAUUUUUUAUUUUUUUUUUUUUUAAUUUAUAUAAAAAUUUUGUAAAUUAAACUUAAUAUGUAUAGAUUUUUUUCAGCUUUUAAUGACGGGUAACGCCUCUUUAAUCUUAUUAUACAUUAAGUUUACGCUAGUUUUACAAACCGGCUUUACAGGCUAUGAACGCCUGGACCUAGUUAGUUUAUUUCUAAAAAUCUUUUAGAUUUUAAAGAAAUUUACAUAUAACAAAUUAGUAAACAUAUACAAAUAAACCCCAUUUUAACGUGUAAUGGUGAUUUUUCUAAAAUUUUAAAAUUUUUAUAAACUGAAAUUUUAAACUAAUUUUUCAAAACCCUUAAUUAAUUUAAGAACUUGUGUCUGAAAUUGUUUAAGUGUUAGAGGAAAAAUAAGUUUUAAGUUUUAAAGUUAUAAAUAAUUUCAAAAUUUAAGGAAAAUAACCAAAAAACUGUUAUAUUAGCAAUUUUGAGAAAAAGCUUUUUUAAGAAAACUUUUAUUUUAAAAUAAAAAUUUUGAAAUAUUUGUAUUAAUUCUAAGGAAAUGAUACAAAUAUUUUAAAAUUUUUCUAAAAUUAAGUUUUUAUUUAAAAUCUUUCCUCCAUGCAACUAAUAUAACAAAACCUUUUUCCCCUUAGGGAAAAUUUCGUGAUUUUAAAAAAUUUUGAAAAUAUUAUGAUAUAUAUAUAACAGCCAAGUAAGGCUGUUAUUAUCCUUGAAAAUUAUUAAAACUUUAGAAUUAUUUUAAUUUCUUAAGAACUUUUCUUGAAAAUUUCUUAAAAAUUUUAAAAUAUUUCUUUAAGUUUUAACUAAUAAUCCCCCGAUUUGCCAUCCUAACUUGGAUUUAUAUUUAUUUGUCAUUUGUUUUUAAAAUUUUCUUUAAUUACAAAAAGAGAUAUUUAUAUAUAUUGAGUGUUCAUUACACUUUUUGAAAUUGUACUACAAUGGCUA